AUGGAGCAGAGUCAAACUGUGUCUAGUCCCAAAGUCUCCAAAAGUACUGUUUCUGAUUAUCAGAAGACUCAUAAACGUGCUGAACUUGAACGUCAACGCUUAGCAAAACAGCAUCAGAAGGAGCAGGAAAGAAAACAAAAGAUUUUGGAGAGGGAGAGGCAACAGCGGGAAAAGCAGGAGAAGAAAGAGGCUGAAGAACGCGAGAAAGAGGAAAAACGUCUGAAACGGAAGGAAGAACAGCGCAAAAAAGAAGAGGAAAAGGAAUGUGAACGCAGGAAAAAAGAGGAGGAAAAACGCAAAAAAGAAGAAGAAAGAUUGCAAAAGGAACAAGAGAAGAAAAGGGAAGAAGAGUUGAAAAUUCAAAGGGAAGAAAAACAGAGAGCAGUCUUAUUGGGAUUUCUCGUGAAAUCAGAUAACAAGAAGGAGACUACUGCAGGUGCUGGUACGGACUGUGGACCUUUCAUACAAUUUGAAGUACGAAAAGAUAUGAAAAUGGCCCCUAUUCAUAGAAUGUCACAUGAGUUAUUAUGCCAAAAGCGAAACAACAUCGAUAAUCUUAGAAAAACUUGGGCAGAGGAAUCUAACAGGGAUGCAGCAUCGUCACUUGGUCUAGUCGUAUUUGGAAAAGCUAACUAUCUUAAUGAACUCCGGACAGGACAGAUACGACCAUUAUCCUAUCCAAAUACAUGGCCAAUAGAACCGCCUGAUGUUCAGCUUCUUGGGGGGAAUUCGUAUGGCCCUGUAGAUCCUUUAGCUUUGAAACAGCAUGGUAAUCGCGGUGGUGGUGGAACUGUAUGGCUUCGUGCCAAACUAUUUCAGUUCGUGGAAAAUUACCGACCAGCCUACUAUGGAACUUGGAGACGUCGUAGCCGUAUUGUUACAGGUCGUAGACCUUUCGCUCGCGACGAUUAUCAACUUGAUUAUUCAAUAGAUUCAGAUGAUGAAUGGGAAGAGGAAGAGCCUGGUGAGAGCAUCACUCAGUCUGAUAAUGAAGAUGAGGAGGAAGAGGAAGAAAAGGAAGAUGAUGAAGAUGAUGACGAUGAUGACCGAUUCUUUGUUCCCCAUGGUUAUUUGUCUGAUGACGAGGGUGUUGCGGCUGAAGAAAACGAAGGUCCAAUUCCUGAUGAGAUGAAACAGUUACGCCAACUGUUGUCUGUUGCUGAAUAUGAGGCUGCCAUCGUCGUGGACUGCAACAAUCUUGAAGAGAACAAAGAAAAUAUUGAAUUAUCUGAAAGGUGUAUUGUCAGUAAACAUAUCAACGAAAAGACUGAAUUCACACUAAUGAGAUCUGUCCUUAGCGUGUAUCGGAUACAUGCAUGGACAACUAAUUUACCGAUUUCUGUUGAAGUAGAUACUGUUGCCACGACACCUUCAAGACGAUUGAAAAAAUCACUACCUGAGGAAGCCAUGCCGUAUUUCAUUCAUCUUGUUCAUCGGAGUCCUUUGGGGAAGCAUAAGUUAGCUUUUGAAUUCCGUGUCUUCUGGUAUCGUCAAACAACGGGUAGUUUACCUGAAUGUCUUCAGUAUAUGGAAUACAAAAAGCAUAAUUCUACUGUGAUGGGAUCAUCUGUUUCACGAGGUCCUGUUUAUUCUGGUCCUUCUUGGGAUAAUUUACCAUUAAGUCAGUCGGUUGUACUAUCCAAAUUAGCAGAAAUCGCUGUCUUUUCAGAGGGAAGGUGGAUGGUAAACGCUGAGGCGAUUCAGAAAUAUGCCUCACGUUUAUGCACUUUGUGCAAUAUUCAGGAGUUACGCAAUACGGAAAAGGUUGAUAAAGAUUACCUAAAUAGUUUCGUAUUCCCCUCAUGGCAGUACCUAACUGAUGUAGCAGCAACCAGUAUAAGGGGGAACCGGGUAUCUGUCAGUCGCCGACCUAUAGAGAUACCUCCCGUCACAGAUUGUCUGCCAGAUUCAGAUCGAAGUGCUGACGAUUGUAUAUCUGUAUUAAAGCCAUUGGAUUCAUCAAAUAUAGUAGUCCCUGCCGAACAGUCAGAAAAAGAAUCAGUUCAGAUAUCUGACCAGUUUAUUUCAUCAAACAGAUGCGAUGGAGACGAAAAGGACGCUAACGUACUUACAAAAAUCAGUCAUGAAAAUGUUCCCCCUAAAGCUAUGGUUUCAGCUCAAACAACAGUUCGAAAGAGAGUCACUUUAGAUGCAUUCCUUAAACCUCCCGCAAAGCGAUCGAACAAUGUUUCUUCUGAAAUGGUUUCCUUAGUUGAAGAUAGUGUUAUAACUGAUCUUAAAUGA